CUCCUCUGAUUCUAAAAGCCCAGGGAUGAAGCAGUUGUCAGCAGAAACUGUCCGUCUCCUUUCAAGUUCUCAAGUGAUCACGUCAGUUGUCAGUGUAGUGAAGGAGCUGAUAGAGAAUUCCUUGGAUGCCAAUGCCACAAGUAUUGAUGUUAAACUGGAGAAUUAUGGGUUUGAUAAGAUAGAGGUGCGAGACAAUGGUGAUGGCAUCAAAGCUGCUGAUGUUCCAGUUAUGGCAGUUAAGCAUUAUACCUCAAAAAUAAGCUGUCCUGAGGAUCUUGAAAGCUUGACAACCUAUGGCUUUCGUGGUGAAGCCUUGGGAUCAAUUUGCUGCAUAUCUGAGGUUUUGAUCACAACAAAGACAGCUGCUGAUGAUUUUAGCACCCAAUACGUCUUGGACAGCAGUGGACAUGUAACUUCUCAGAAGCCUUCUCAUCUUGGGCAAGGUACAACUGUAGCUGCACUGAAGCUGUUUAAGAAUCUUCCCGUAAGAAAACAGUUUUACUCAACAGUUAAAAAAUGUAAGGAGGAAUUAAAAAAAAUCCAAGAUCUUUUGAUGGCGUAUGGCAUCAUAAAGCCAGAACUACGGAUAAUCUUUACACAUAACAAGGCAGUUAUUUGGCAAAAGACCAGGGUGUCAGAUCACAAAAUGUCCUUUAUGUCAGUUCUGGGAACUGCCGUUAUGGGCAGCAUGGUACCUUUUCAACAUCGCUGUGAAGAUCCUGAGGUACUUCUCUCUGGAUUUCUUCCAAAACCUGAAUCAGACAAUUCUUUGACAAGUCUUUCAAGUUCAGAAAGGAGUUUCAUCUAUAUAAACAAUAGGCCAGUACAUCAAAAGGAAAUAUUAAAGCUGGUUCGACGGUACUAUAAUCUGAAGUCACAUAAAGAUUCUUCUCGUUCGUAUCCUGUUUUCUUUAUUAAUAUUACUGUACCGACCUCUACUGUGGAUGUUAAUUUAACGCCUGAUAAAACUCAAGUUUUACUUCAUAAUAAGGAAUCUGUCUUAUCUGCUGUUGAAAAUGUAUUGACAUCGCUGUAUGGGCUACCACCUGAUACAGUUUCUUGUGAAGCUAAAAAAACAGAUGUUACCUCAGCGGACGUAGUUGUUAAUGAAACAGAACAAACAGAUGUGCUGGUUAAUAAAAUGGAACCAUUUGGAAACAGUGAUCCACAUGCACAUACUUCAUCCUUUUCAUUCAGUAAUGAUGUGCAAAAUGGUCAAGCAGGAAAAAACACAGAGGUCUGCUUAAAGCAUCAAAGAUUUUCUAGUGAUAGUACUCAUGGUCUCCUCAAUAGAAAAGAAGUUUCUGGCACUGACGUGACUGUGAGUGAUAUAUUUCAAGACAGUUCCAUAAAUAAUUUAUCAUGUGAGGACAGCCAGAAUGGAUAUAGUGUAACAUUAACCCUAGAUGGCAGUACUCACAUGGACACUCAAUCUAAAAACAGAAGUGAGCAUCCUGUGAGAGCCAGUUACACUAAUGAAGUGGAAAAAAAUGAGGCAAAUACAGUCCCUGAGUAUGUAUCUGAAAUCUCUGCUGAUAAUUGGAGCAAGGGGAAUGCACUUAAAAAUGCUACAGGAGAGAACCUGGAACCUGUAAAGAUUCUGAUCCCUGAAGUAGGAGGAAUAACAAAUCAUAAGGCAAAUGAAAAUACUGAUGAACAAGAUCAUGAUCAGCAGAGUUCCAAUCAAAAUAUUAAAAAAACGAAUGUGGUUAAUGAUAAAGCAGGACAGAUCAUGGCCUAUGAUUUAAUUAGUAAUCAAAUAAUCAGGAAACCCAUGUCAGCAGUUGCCCUGUUCACCCAAGAAUAUCGUUCUAGAUUAUUAACUGAUAAUCCAAAGGCCAACAUGGAGGACUUGAUGCUGAAAAUUGAAGGACUAUGGGAGAAACUGAGCAGAGAGGAGAAAAAGAAGUAUGAAGAAAAAGCCACGAAAGACCUGGAACGAUACAACAGACAAACCAAGAAAGCUGUGGAGCAGAGAAUACAGAGAUCAACAAAAGAGACAGAAAAAAGAUGCAAGUCCAAACUGAAGACUUCUCUCUCUGACCAGCAGAAACUUGACAAACUUUUUCAGUCUCAAAUUGAAAAGAAACAGAGACAUAACCAAGAUAUGAAAAUUGUACAGGUGCCCUUUUCUAUGAGUUCUUUCAAACAUAAACUUCAGAGGCUUGAGAAGAAAAAUUUUGAUAAAAACGAGUCUUGCCUAAUCUGUCACCUGAGUUUUCCUGAUGCAUGGAUAAUGGCUUCUGAAAAAAAAAUCAUGUUGCUAAAUCCGUAUAGAGUGGAAGAAGCCCUACUUUAUAAAAAACUACUGGAGCAACACAAACUUCCUGUAGAGAAACUGGACAAGCCAAUUGUAUUAACUGACAGUUUGUUCAGCGGAUCUCAUUAUAUGGAUUCUCUCUACAAUAUGACAAAGGAUUGCCAAAAAUUAAAUGGAUCAAUUUAUUUGUCGGAUCCAAGGCUUAUAGCAAAUGGUUUUAGGAUAAAAGUGAUACCAGGAUAUUCAGCUACAGAAAACCAGCUGGAAAUAGAAGGAAUGGCUAAUUGUCUGCCAUUCUAUGGUAUAUCAGAUUUAAAAGAAAUUCUGAAUGCCGUGAUAAACAAAAAUGCAAAGGAAGUAUAUGAGUGUAGACCUCUCAAAGUGAUAAAUUACUUGGAGUGACCCUCCUUUGGCAACUCCAAAGGGCAGUAUUGACUACUACUUCCAGAGGGAGCUAUAUCCAGUCCUCCUGGCUGGAGGGAAAUGCAUGAUGAUGCAGGACCUUUCAGGCUGGGAGAAAAAGGGAUGGCAUCCCUGAAUUGUGGGAGGGAAUGAAGUAGCUCAAGCUUAAAAAUUCCUGAACUCGUCUUCAUUUUUGUAUAACAUGAAGGAAGGCAGCAGGCAAGAGGUAAGGAAUACUGGCUAAGUAAUAUGAUUAAAUUACCAAGUUAGCAGUGCCACUUGAAAGAGACCUUAAGGUUUUGUAUGUUGUCAGCUUUCAAUGAAGUGAAUAAAUUAAGGAAACUAAAAAGAUCAAGAAGUGCUCCGCAUCUCGUAAGAUUGGACCCUAAAAGAAAGUACAAACAUGACCAACAGAUUGGCAACACAAGUUCUUUCUCUUUGUGUUCUGACCUGAUAUCUUGCAUAGUACCUUGAAAUGUCUUGUAAGACUUAUGCUUAGAGUUGUAGUUUAGAUGCUGGGGUUGAAUAUACUGGUAAUAAGUAGAAUUUACCACUAGAAAAGAGAAAAAUGGAAUAAACUACUACUGCCUGAUGAGUUUAUUGAAGCCACAAGUUAAUCUGAUACAAGGUAGCACUAUAAAAUUAAUG